AUGGCGAAGCUGGAAGUUGUGUCGGCUCAGCAGGCUACGGUCGAAGAGCCCUACAGUAUAUCAAGCCGUCUUCGGCUUUCAAAAGCGUACCAAGCACUUGGUUAUCCAGAUCUCGCCGCGGGCGAUGCGUACAAGGCCUUGAUCUUAGUGGAUGAAGUACUCGAUGAAGGCGAAUACCACGACGAAGCUUUGGAGGCAGCACGAACAGACGUUAUCUCUGAACGUAUGACAGGAUUGAACCUGAAGGAUGAGGAGAAGAACUCGUCUUUAGAAGAUGAUGACAUUUUGACAUGGGCGCAAACGCGCUGGUCCAGGAGCGCAAAAGCCUUCCCGGAAGAUCCCGUCUUCAAGGACUACGAGAAGUCUCUGUGGAACCAUUUGCGGACUUACUUCGAAAGUCAAGGGGAGUCUGCUGAGAACGUUGAUGUGGAAGACUACCCUGACAAGGGCUUCGUCCGCCGCGAACAAUAUCCUUGGAACCAUCAUGAGCCGGACCGCUUCUCUACAGAGUGUCUCGACUUCCUGAAUGAGGAGCUUGCGGAUAUAGCACCACAAUUGGAGGUCAGAGUCUCUGAGUUGCCUAUUCUCAGCACUACUACGACGACUAACGGAACAAACCCGGAAACGAACUAUACGAAACAAUUGGGCUUAUUUGCGAAAGACGACAUCAUGCCUGGCGCGACCAUCUUAGAGGAAAAGUCGCUACUUACCGCUAUAUCAAGGCUCCAUGAGUCGUAUUGCGAUGCUUGCGUUAUACCACUUUCGAAUGGGGACGACACAGUGAUAUCCUGCGAAGAAUGUGAAGAAGUGUUCUUCUGCAGCGAGGAGUGCCACGACCUAGCUCAAGACCAGUAUCAUCCAGCACUAUGUGGUGUCAGCGUCGACCAGGGCAAGGUACCCGCACGUGAGGCGGCAGACUAUCUCUAUACCCUUCUCCUUGUCCGCGCACUAGCGUUAGCGGAGACCCUGGAUCUCCAUCCUUUGGAGUUGAAGGAAGUGCGAUACAUUUGGGGUGACUAUCAUGGCAAAGAUCUCGAGACCGUGUGGCAAGCGGAUGCUUCGGGUCGCCUGAGCGAUGCUUUUGCACACGUACCGCAAACGCUUCCCUUCUCGUUCAAGAGCAACAUACUCAUGCCGUUGCAUGUUCUAGAAAAGAUGGACAUCAACAUUUUCACCCAAAGUCACCGCUAUGAUACCUGGGUCUUCAACACUCUGUAUGCGAAGUUCCGGGGAACAGCAUCUGCACAGCAGGGGCUCGAUGGAAGGCCUGAAAUUAGCGCGGUUCAUCCUAUGUGGUGCCUCGCGAAUCAUAGCUGUGAUCCUAAUGUCGCCUGGGAAUGGCGUGGGUCGAUGCGCUUUUGGACCCGCGAAGAGUUGGUUGAUUGGAAGGGUAGAGACCCGAACAAGGGGCCUGGUCUCAAGAGAGAUGAAGAGGUGUUUGGCCACUACUGCGACGUACGUCUGCCGGUGAAGGAGAGACGGGAAUGGGCUUCUGGAGCACUUGGCGGAGAUUGUAUGUGCGCUAGAUGCGUCUGGGAAGAGGCGGAAGAACGGAAGCACAGUGCUUUGCAAUAA